AUGUGGCCACACCUCGAUCCAUUCGGUCUCGUCGGUGUCUGUGUCGAGCGCGACGUCAAGAUUUCUCUGGAGGAGCAAGUGAGUCAAACAUUGGCUCAAUCUAUACGACAGCGAAUUCGGAGGCCACCCGUCUCGAACAUUCAUCGUCUCGAACAUUCAUCGUCUCGAACAUUCAUCGUCUCGAACAUUCAUCGUCUCGAACAUUCUCCGCCGACGAGACGUGUUUCACCACCUCGCUUUUCGGGUCCCCAAAGAGAAGGUGGCUCGAAUCGCCGCAGCACUGCUCGAAAUUUACCGCAUAUCGACCGUAUUCUGGCGUUUCGUCCAAGCACGCACGUACUUCAACCAGGCGAGGCAGGCCCAACACGCUCGCUUUCAGUUCGUGCCGCAUCGGAUCCGGGUACAUGCCAGGAACAAGCCCCUCUUCAUGCAAGUCGCGCGUACAAUCAACUAA